AUGAGCUGCGGCGCUGUGGCAGCAUUGGCAGUUUUGCGUUUAAGUGACAAAGUGCUGCUGCACUUUCACUUCAAUGAGCUCUUUGAGCUGCAGCAGCAGCAGCUGCUGCUGCUGCAGCAGCAGCAGCUGCAGCAGCUGCAGCAGCAGAAGCAGCAGAAGCACCAGCAGCAGAAGCAGAAGCAGCAGCAACAGCAGCAGCGCCGGCAACAACAACUGCAGCAGCAGCUGCAGGAGCAGCGGCAGCAGCAGCAGCAGCAGCAGAUGCUGCUGCUGCUGCUGCAGGCAGCAGCAAGGGGGACGAAUCUAAGUGCAGCAGCAGCAAAAAGAUACAAAGUGAUUAAAAGUCCUUUUUCUGUUUUUAUUCAAAAAGACAAAUCUCAAAAGUUUGCUUUUGCUGCUGCUGUAGACUUGGACAAGUGUUCACAAGCUUCAGCUUUCCAAACCCUAGAAGAUUAUGAAAAAAGGAUGGAGGAAAUACUUGGAGGGGAGCUGCAGCACGAGCCCAUAGAAAGGGUUUUAGCUGCUGCUGCUGCUGCUGCAGCAAGCGUUUGCGGCAGCCCAGGAGCAGCAGCAGCAGCAGCAGCAGCAAAGCCGCGCAGAGCCGGCGAAGUUAAAAUACCUGUUAAUGCACCAGCAGCAGCAGCAGACGCUGCAGCAGCAGCAAAAGACGCUGCAGCAGCAGCAGCAGCAGACGCUGCAGCAGCAAGAAAACAACGCGCAGCAGCAGCAGUCUUUUCUUUUGUUUUGGGAUUUUCAAUUGCUGCUUAUGCAGUUUACUCUUUAGUCAAAUCCUUUCUUUACUGCUGCAGCAGCUAA